AUGGAGCUGCGCGUCGGGGGCAAAUUCCGACUAGGCCGCAAGAUUGGUUCAGGCUCUUUCGGCGACGUGUACAUUAGCACCAACGUGAACACAGGCGAGGAGGUCGCUAUCAAGCUCGAGCCCAUCAAAUCUAGGCACCCGCAGCUGCUCUACGAGUCCAAGCUCUACAAGAUCCUCGCAGGCGGCGUCGGCAUCCCGGACGUCCACUGGUAUGGCGUGGAAGGUGAUUACAACGUCAUGGUUAUCGAUUUGUUGGGCCCUUCCCUCGAGGAUCUCUUCAAUUUUUGCAACCGCAAGUUCAGCCUUAAGACAGUCCUCAUGCUCGCCGAUCAGAUGAUAAACCGCGUCGAGUUCGUCCACGCAAAGAAUUUCAUCAACCGCGACAUUAAGCCAGACAAUUUUCUCAUUGGCCUGGGGAAGAAGGCCAACCAGGUUCAUAUGAUCGACUUCGGGCUGGCCAAAAAGUACAGGGACCCGAAGACCCAGCAGCACAUACCAUACCGGGAGGGCAAGAAUUUGACAGGCACUGCCCGGUACGCGAGUGUGAAUACACAUUUGGGGAUCGAGCAGAGCCGACGCGACGACCUCGAGGCAAUAGGCUAUGUGCUCAUGUACUUCAACCGUGGCAGCUUGCCGUGGCAAGGAUUGAAAACCAAUGGAAAAAAGGAGAGAUACGAAAAGAUCAUGGAGAAGAAGAUGUCGACACCGAUCGAGGUACUGUGCAAACACUUUCCCGCUGAUUUCAUCACAUACCUAAACUACUGCCGCAGCUUGCGCUUCGAAGAUCGCCCAGACUACGCGUACUUGCGCCGCGUGCUGAAAGAUUUGUUUUUCCGGGAGGGAUACCAGUACGACUUUGUUUUCGAUUGGACAAUCCUCAGCUAUCAGUCGAGCAAAUUCGCGAAGCCAGCUGACGUAGGUGCUCCCAGAGCUGACAAUGAAGCGGUACAUGGUGCCAAUCCACUGGGCCAACCAUCUCGGUGGUCGCGAUGCCUACCUGCCCUGUCGCGGACUGGCACGCCUCGAACGUGGUGA